ACUGUAAUACUGUAAUUCAAAUUGUGUCUCAGCACCAGUGUGUCACUGUGUGUCAGUCACUGUCAGUCAGACUCAGUGAACCGCUGAACCAGUGUCUGUCAACUCAAACUGUCACACUCACAGAGAAGUGACAGUCACACACACAUAUAAAAAAAAUGAUGAGGAAUGACAGUGCUUCCGUCAUUUCAUCUCUUCAAAUGGAUUAUGGUGACUCUGAAGAAGAAGAAAUGGAUUCCAAAAAUAGUUCAAAGUUAAAUUUUGAUGAUGUCAAACCAGACAGUAUCGAACUUAUAGAGAAAGAUUUUAAUGUGGAGUCACAACUUGGUCUUGAAACUAAUGAUUACAUUGUUGAUAAUGAAGUUAAAGCUUUAACUUCAUCAGAAAAAAAUGAAAGGGAGUUAGAUGCUAAUAUUGAAAUUAAACAUGAGCUAGAGAUAAGUCCAGCAGAACUUAUAUCAGAUGACGAAGAUGGUCAUCCAUUGCAUCACAAACACCAAACUAAUCAUAAACAUCAUUCACCACAUUUUCUUGAUGACAUAAAGAAACAUAUUGUGGGGGAAUCUCUAAAUACAGACUCACCAUCAAGCCAAGGAUCAACUAAACCAGGCAAAAAAGCUACUCGUUUAGUCUCAUAUGGCCCAGAUGAGGAUGUUGACGAAAGUUCUUCUAGUUCAGAAGAUGAAGAAGGUCAAGAGCCAAAUGAAUCUGCAAGUCCUGAGCUGAACUCAGCUGAUGCAUCCAUUCUUUCUCGGAGUGUUCAAAAUAUGUCAAAUGAUGAUAUAAAAAUACCCCCAGAACCACCUGGAAAAUGUUCAGCACAGUUACAGAAAAAAAUAGAAGAAAUGUAUGAAAGAAUGCGCCGUCAAGAAUUUGACUUGAACAGAGCUAUACAAAACAAAAAGAAUUUUCGCAAUCCCAGUAUUUACGAGAAACUUAUAGAUUACUGUCACAUUGAUGAGAAGGGAACAAAUUUUCCGCCAGAAAUAUACGAUCCACACAUAUGGGGAAAAGACUCUUAUUACGAUGAAUUAGAUAAAAUACAACGAAGAGAUAUUGAAAAAAGAGAGAAAGAAAAGAAAACUAAAAUUGAGUUCAUUAGCGGCACAAAAAAGCCAGUUUCUUCAGAUGGAAGUUUAGGACCACCUGAUGAAAAGAAAAGAAAAACCAAAUGGGAUGCUCAGCCUACCAACAUCAUCCAUGUCACCAAAAUCCCAUCAACUUCACAAAAUCCUGGAGUUGUCAGUUUAACAGCAAUGGCCACUGGCACUAAAGCUACUGUAAUACCAGCAUUAGGCUCUUUGUCUAAGAAAACAUCAUCUCUAAAAUAAAAUUAUUUCUCCUUUGUACAAAGUGAAAAAUGUCA